AUGAGUUUGCCCUUUUCCAAAGUCAUGAGUGCGCUCAUGUCAAAGACAUCGCCUGAGGCAAUUUUUCAAUAUCGAAAACCGAUGUCAACUAAAUUGGGCUCCCUCGCUUUAUCACUGGUUUUCUCUAUAUAUGGUGCUACAUUUGCAGAUUGGUCGUAUGAAUCAGCACUUACUGUCUACGAGGAAGCUGAUGAUAAGACAAAGAAAGAUUGGAAGUUUCUGAUAAAGACAUUCGGACCCAUGGGACUCACAGUGAUCCCGUUCUCUUUGGCACUUUGUGCCUUUUUUGCACCUUCCAGAAUUGUCACUAAGGUCAAAUAUAUUCCAAAAAUGUACGGUGAGCCUGAAUGCCAACUCACUCGAGAAUCUCUCAUCCUGGGGAAACCAGUUCAUCUGACAAGACCAAUAUCCGAAUUGCAUAGAAAUGAAAAGACAAGAGUGUUUACCGGUGACGGUGAACAAGGCGUAGAUGACAAAGGUUCUUUUUUUUUCAUUCUUACUGAUCAAAAUAUUAACGUUAAGAGUUGGGUAGAGAGAUACUAUUUGGUUCCUAGAUCAGGGAAAUUCUGGGCAUCCGAUGGACGAAUCUUUGACGCAUUAUUUGGAGGUGACUCGAUACGGGAUUUAGAGCUGAAGGCCAGGCAGAGUAAGGACAAAAAAGAAUUGAAAAAUAUCAAGCAAGAUAGAUCAGCGUUGAAUGAGAUGAUUCGAACUAAUUAUUCGAGAGCUAAGUUUCAUUCUGGUCUGAAAAAAGAAGUUGAAGUAUCUAAAAAUAUUGUAAACCAAACUAAGGGCCUUCCUUGA